AUGGCAGCAGGCACCUUGAAGUGCGAAUUUCGAAGCACGUUGGAAAAGCAUUUCUCCCCGAGGGACAUCUUCGUCGAGAGCUUGCUCAGGUCACCGCCGCCGCCACCACUGCCCGACCUCCCGCAACAUCGACGCCACGGCCGCCGCCACCUCCACCACUAG